AUGGCGAGAUGCACCUCGCGUAUCGUUCUGUUGAUAUACUUCGUAUUUUUGUACUUUGCAUUUGGAAAUGAAGAAUGUGAUUUAUAUUUCAAGAAUCUCACUAAUGCCCUAGCCGCCACAUACCUAUGCUUUGGGGAAUUUGGUCAACCAGUGUCUAUAUGUAGUCGAUGUAUUUGCAAUAUUGCGACAUUGGAACUUAUAUUAAGCGACUCGGUAUCGAAAAACCAGUUUGGAGUACCUUGCAGAUCUUCAAUCGAACGAGAAGCCUUGCUUGAGCCAUGGGCUCGGACCAUAUCACCCAUACAGAAAAUCUGGCUGAAUGCUCACUGUGACCAGUGUUUAAUUGGUCCGAAUUUUACGGGCAGCCAUUCUUUACUUCCGGGUUAUGGUACUGAUAACAACCUACCAAACUACAAUUUAUCAGCAUACAACAACGCCACAAGAAACUUCUUCGAUCAACUUGCAACACUCUCAGAAUGCAUUUCUGCUCACGUCUUAAACAGCAAUGUCUCCUUUCUCGAUCAAGUCAAUUUUCCAACUGAAUCAUCGAUUCAAUUGAAUAAAAAUGUGUGCCUAAACUGUCAUCGGAAAUAUGCUCGUCUUUAUGAGGUUUACGAAUCUUGGGUGCGUGAAACAAUGGACCAGGAACACGACAAAUGGUACCAUCCGCGAGGGACCUCCCCACUCAACUACCGCCGAUUGUGCAUCGAUGUCGUAGACGCGCUAAACCGCACGCAAUUCGUGUGGCUCGGUAUCCUCGAUUGCUCUACCCGGUCGGUCACGAGACCAGUGGUCGCUUUAUUGCCGCUAAUCACUUGCACCAUCCUCGGAGUGGUAUUUCACGCUGCUAUGCUCUGCGUCUUUCACCAACCCAGUCGUGUGAUUGUCUACAUGCAGUCGAGAGUUGAAGCAGUCACCGACUCCACAGAGAGAACACCAAUCGCUGAUGAACCCAAUAGCAGAGAAACCCACCACUCCACUCUCUUUCGCAAGACCAGCUUUGCCCCGGUCACUAGGAUUUUCCCCUUUGACCCCCCAAACACAGGAGAUCCCAACACCGGUGACUCGUAA